CCCACCCUUUCCAAACUCCAUUCUAGUUCUAGAAUCUAGAUACAUAGGUAAUUACUUAUUAUUCCAAACAAACACCUAGAAACCCCAUCUUGAGUCUCUAUAUACAAUUUAGAGCACAAGCCUCCACAUCACGCAAUGGAUACAUCCUCAUGUUGCACCUGCGCAAAGCUGCUAUCCGCCUUACCCCACCACGCCAAAGAAUCCACGUCCGAGAACUCCGAGAAGUCGCCGGCCCCGUUGCCGGAGCCUCGGCGGCUGGGCUGCUGCGGCCGCACCAUAUGCGGGAUUUGCAUACAUAACAACAACCGAUUUGCACACUACUGCCCAUACUGCCAAAUCUCCACGGGUCCCUCCAGCUUGCCCCCAACCGGGCUCAAAGACCCGCCGUCGUACGGCUUCGUAACAGCAGCAACAUCCCGCCCGCCCAUCGAGGCGCCGCCGCCGUACAGCACGACCGCCGAGCCGCCACAGUCUCCACUCGAAAAGGGAGAAAAGACGGCAGCGGAAACAACGACCACCAACGACGACUCUCCGAUCCUCCACUUCCUCGACCACAAGCACGAUAGCGUGUCUUCCCUGUCGCUGCGCUACAACGUCCCGGCCGCCGCUCUGCGCCGCGCCAACCGCCUCGGCAACGACCAUCUCCUGCUGGGCCGGCGCGUGGUCCUCAUCCCCAUCGCCGCGGGAGGUGGUAAUGGUGGUGCCACGACGACGACGAGCCUAAGUCCGCACCCGGUUGAGGGAGAGGAUGAGGAGCGGCGCAAGGGUCGCAUACGGAGGUGGAUGGUUGCGUGCAAAGAGGCGGAUUACGACGUCGCCGUGCUGUACCUGGAGCAGAACGAUUACGACAUCGACGCCGCCGUCGAGGCUUAUUUCGCCGAUGAGGCUUGGGAGAGGGCGCAUCCGGUAGCCGGUCGCAGCAGUAAGAGGGGAAACGGUGGGUGGAACCGUCUCAACGCGCCGGCAUCCGCCUCCUCUUCCUCCGCUAUUCCUGCAAGGUCGUCAUCCGCCUGGCCGCUGUCAAGUUUUGGCCUGGGCUCGUGGCGAUGA